UGCGCAGUGCUCCAAACUCGCUGUCCAGUCAUGGCGUCCUCGCAAACAUUCAAGCGACGCUAAUGUUUAUAAACCGUAAAUAAUUGUCCUCCCCGAGGAGGAAUAUGCACAACGAGAAGAAACUUAGUAUGGAGGAUACAUGGCCUGAGGCAGCGCUCACAAGACAUAUAUCCAGGAGGUUGGACGAACACGGCAGGAAGCGACGAGAAGGGGACUCCGCCGAGAGACGUCGCCGAGACGUGGACCGGGAGUCCGUGGACGGACGUGACGGAAAGAAUGGGGAACGAAGAAAGGAACGAGACAGACGUGGACAUGAAUCCAGGGAGGACAGAGACCAGAUGAAGGAGAAAGAGGAGCACAGACAUAGGAGGGAAGAGAAGGAAAAACGCCGGGAAGAACGCAGGACUGAGAGGGAUAAAAGGUCCCCGGAGGACAAGGAAGGAGACCGGGACAGGGAACGCAGGUCUGAGAGAGACAGAAAGACACACCAGGAAAGGGAAGGAGAUAGAAAUCCGGAACUGAGGAGAGAAGACCGGGACAGGGACCGCAGAACUGAAAGGGACCGAAGGACACACAAGGACCGGGAAGGAGACAGACAUUCGGAAAGGAGGAGAGAGGACCGGGACAGGGAACGCAGGACUGAGAGGGACAGAAGGACACAUAAGGACCGGGAAGGAGACAGAGAUUCGGAGCUAAGGAGAGAAGACCGGGACAGGGACCGCAGAACUGAGAGGGACAGAAGGACACACGAGGACAGGGAAGGAGAGAGAAAUUCGGAACGGUUGAGAGAUGAUAGGGAUGAGGAACGCAGAACUGAAAAGGACAGAAGGACACACCAGGACAGGGAAGGAGACAGAGAUUCGGAGCUGAGGAGAGAAGACCGGGACAGGGAACGCAGGACUGAGAAGGAUAGAAGGACACACAAGGACAGGGAAGGAGACAGAAAUUCGGAACGUUUGAGAGAUGAUACGGAUGAAGAACGCAGAACUGAAAGGGACAGAAGGACACACCAGGACAGGGAAGGAGACAGAGAUCCGGAACUGAGGAGAGACGAGCGGGACAGGGAACGCAGGACUGAGAGGGACAGAAAGACACACGAGGACAAGGAAGGAGACAGAGAUUCGGAACUGAGGAGAGAAGAUAGGGAUGGGGAACGCAGAACUGAGCGGGACAGAAGGACACACAAGGACAGGGAAAGAGACAGAGAUUCGGAACGGAGGAGAGAAGACCGGGAUAAGGGACGCAGAACUGAGAGAGACCGAAGGACACACAAGGACAGGGAAAGAGACAGAGAUUCGGAACGGAGGAGAGAAGACCGGGACAGGGAACGCAAGACUGAGCGAGACAGAAGGACACCGCAGGACAGGGAAGGAGACAGAGACUCGGAACUAAGGAGAGAAGACCAGGACAGGGAACGCAGAACUGAGAGGGAGGAAAGAGAGCAACACAGAAAGAACAAAGAAGAGCGAGAGACAAGACACAAGGACAGAAGACAUCACGACGAAACGCCAAGACUGGUCGCGGAGGAAGGCGCCGACGAGGAACGUGCAGAAAGGAACAGGCGAAAAGAGAGGACACGCGGAGAAGACCCGCAGAGACAUCUCAGAGACGGACAAAAAGAACAAGAAAGUCACAGCCAAGAGAGCAGAAGUGGGAAAAAAGCUGUGGAGGACACAAAGCAUGCAGGGGACGUGGCAGCUAAAGAAGCAGGAGACGCAGAACAACCAGUUGCCAUCGAUGUGUCUUCGCAUCAGUACGAGGAUGACUUUGAGGAUUACGAGGAGGACUUUGAAGAACUCGAAGACAAUGAAGGGGAGGGCGAGGAAGAGUCCGAGGAGGUGAAAGCCAUCCAGCUAGCCAUGGGUGAGGAGAACCAGAGAGUCCGAGCAUCUCUUUCUACUCUUAGUAGAGAAGAAGAGGAAGAAGAGAAGAUGCCCAAAGUAAAGGGAUACGCCCAGACGCCCAUUAAAAGCUCCCAGCGUGGGAAGUUCAUGGAUUUUGCGGCGGCCAAGCAGCGAGAAGUCAUCAAGAAAGUGUCCAGCAGACAAAAGAAGCGCAGUGCAGACCUGCUUCGCCUCAUUGACCUGGAUUUGUCCACCACGGUGUCCCUGCUGGACCUGCCUCCUGUCAGUGAAUAUGACAUGUACAUUCGGAGCUUUGGAGCCGCCAACACAAAGCAGGCUUACGUACAGUGUAACGAGGACAAUGUGGACCGGGAUGUCCAGACAGAGGAGACGUAUCUAAGUGACAAGUGGACACAACAUCCUGCAGAGCACUGCGGCGCCUGUGGCGAUCCAAACGGGACACAUGACACGCGAGACCUGAGCGGGAUGAACAUGGAUUCGAGACGCUUGGCUGCGUUUCUGCGCUCCGCCUCCCAGGUGAUGGCGGUGCUGCUGGAGGAGGAUCACGCUCAGAGGAGCUCCUUCAAGGGGAGGACCACGCAAACGGACACGCUGUCUUUCAGUGACGGAAGUGUGCAACUCAACACCGAGCUGCCUUUUCUUCUUGGUCGCGCUGUCAGCUUGCUGAACUUCUCUACCGUCCAGAGACACACGCUGCUCUCCGUCCACCAGCCUACAGCUUCUGUGGCGCCACUUGGCGACUGCAGCAUCAUCUGCAUCUGGAGGAUGUGGGAGCCCUCCAGGCCUCAGAAGAUUCUCCUGUUCGAGUCUGAGGUGACGUGCUGCUCUUUCAGCCCGGGAAAGUCCACGUUGGUGUUUGCGGGAACUUCCAUCGGCUCGGUGGCGCUGUGGGAUCUACGCGAGCCUGACGGGGACCACGAGCGCCUGAGGAUCGACGAGGAAGAGUGGACCUUUAGACGACCUACCUUCUCUACCGACGCGCUGUCCUCAGCCCAUUUUUCACCCGUGACGGCCGUGGAGGUUCUUCCCGCCAACGUGCUGGGGGGCCCGGGGUCAGAGGUCCCCUUUUUGGCAUCCGAGGAAGAGUUGCUGGGAUUGUCCUUCCAGCUGGCGUCUCUCGAUGAGCGCGGCCUGUUGAAUCUUUGGGUGGUGCUGCAACUCCCAAAAGCCAACGAGGCAGGUUGUCAGACUGAUCUAGGUCUGAGGCCAGGUGGCAAAGUGAAGCUUCUCCACAGUUCGUGCGUGGCGACCGAGGGGGUCUGGCCGUCGCUUGCAGAGAAAAGCGGGCCACUGCAGACGCUUGCUUUGAAAUUCCUCCCCACCGACUGCAGCCACUUCUUCAUUGGCACCAGCAUGGGUCUGGUCAGUCAUGGAACCACUCAGGGUUUGAAGGCCCCACCCAAGUUCUACAGCGCUCAAGAAUUCGGAGCGCGACUCGUUGACGUCAGUUCCAUCCAUUUUUCUCCUUUCAGGCCAGGCUUGUUCUUGGUGGGCUGCGGGGACGGAAGCGUCCGGCUGCACCGGGUCAGCUGUGACAAGCCGGUGGCUGAGUGGAGCGACAGCACGGCCGGACAAGCGGUGGUCUCACUGCAGUGGAGCCAGACCAGACCUACCGUCUUCUGCGUGCUGGACGCCGCCUCCAUCCUCCACGUUUGGGACCUGCUGAAGAAGGACUCAGACCCUGUGGUCUCUGAGCAUAUGGACAGGCUGACGGCCAUGACUGCGUUUGGAGACCCUGGACAACAGAACACAUAUUCUGGAAUAGCGACGGCGCAGCAGUCAGGCAAAAUAGAGAUGCACUAUUUCACACAGAACUUCAGCCUCCAAAGUAGCGAGGAAGAGCAAACGUUGGAGAGAAUUAGCCAAUCUCUCUGAACAGUUGCACACUGACAUGAUAGAUCAUGUUAUUCUUUGACAGCAGAUGUCAGAUUUGCUAUCCCGCACGCAUUUUCACCUGCAGAUAUGCUCUUCGGUUGCACAUUUUGUGGCAUUUGUAUGGUUUUAGUUUCGAGUUAAGUCUGUUAGCUGCGAACAAUCUGCGCGUAGAUACCAGCAAAUCCGAGAACUCCCUUUUGUAAUAUUAUGCAGCGCAUUUAAUUAUUUUCAGUCAAUUCUGCUUCUAUUUGGAAAAAAAAGUAUGAUUCCAUUACCUGCCAUCGCAGAACCACUUAAAAAAGGAUCCCAAAACGCACAAAUUUAGAGUUGAACCUCGAUUUAGGAACUUAAACUUGAACAGGGUUCGUAAAGAGAAAAGUUUGCACACUACCGGUCAAAAAGUUUUGGAACACCUCAUUUAUAGCAAUGAGUAAGUACAGUAGUACGUAAACUUACCAGCUUAAUUGGUUCUGAGACGGAGCUCUUAACGCAAAACACUUGUAUCUCAAAUCACUGCCAUCUUUUGAAAUCAUCUCAGUUGAAAACAGCACAAUUUUAUUAUAUAACAUGUCUUUAUAAAGCAACAACACACUUUUAGAUACAACAUAUUGUAUAAUAACAGUACAAUAGAAUGUGCUAAUAACUCCAGCAGUUUUAUGAAGUAAAAGUAUUCCGUCAAAUACACCAUUUGCAGCUUUUCCAUAUUUUCAUGGAUAAAUGUCCACCAUUUAGAUAUUAUUUUUGCAUUCUUGGCUUCUGUUAGACUCAUUCUGCUUCAAUAUGGUGCAGACUGGCAGUGGUAAAUAGAUAAAAUAAAUCAAAAUCAUGUUUUGGAUUAUUUAUUCCUCAAUUCAAUCAUCUGCUAUUUCUUCUUCUCAUCACUGACCGUACACUCACUCUCUGGCUAUCAGCAAAUGCUAACGAUUGAGACUGGAUGUUUUGGUCAGAUCUUACAAGCUUCACCGUCACAUUUGCUAUGCCAACUAAUGGCAGAGAUGCUUGUAACUCAAAUCGUUGUUUGCAUAACAAAGCACAACAAUUAGCACUUUUAAACUGAGGUACCACUGAGCGUCCAAGCAUAUCACUGGUACUUUAGAUUAUAACAACUAUUUUAAUACUGAACAUCUUUUGCUGUCAGUCUUAUUGUUUUGUAAACACAAAGUCCACAACUAUUUGGACAGUGACCGUUUUUUAUGCGUUUGUCUUAUACACCAUAAAUAAAUCCAUCUUUAUAUGCGUCAGCAUAUGAUUGAAGUGUAGAUUUACCACUUUAGUUGAAGAGUUGUGACAAGAUGUAAUUUAGCAUGUAGGAAUUAAAGCUACAGAUAUGUCUGAACACGGCAGCACGGUGGUACAGGGCGUCUGCCUCACAAUACGAAGGUCCUGAGUUGCGCUAGGGAUCUUUCUGUGUGGAGUUUGCAUGUUCUCCCCGUGACUGCGUGGGCUCCCUCCGGGUACUCCGGCUUCCUCCCACUUCCAAAGACAUGCACCUGGGGAUAGGUUGAUUGGCAACACUAGUGUGUGAAUGUGAGUGUGAAUGUUGUCUGUCUAUCUGUGUUGGCCCUGUGAUGAGGUGGCGACUUGUCCAGGGUGUAUGCCGCCUUCCACCCGAUUGUAGCUGAAGUAGGCUCCAGCACCCACCGCGACCCUGAAAAGGAUAAGCGGUAGAAAAUGGAUGGAUGGAUAGAUAUGUCUGAACACAUACUGAAAGUAUGGGCAAAAUUUUAACUUUGAUGAAAAUAUUUUGCAGUAAAUAAAGCCUAUGGAAAUCUUUAAAAUAUGAGUAUUAAACUGGAUGAAUAUAUUUACAGUUAUGUCAUUUAAAUCAUUGAAAAUUAGAUUAAUGUUAUCUAUUUAAUGUCCUUGCAAUUUCUAAAUGGUAAAAGCCAUUAAAGCUGAAACUUAACACUUCAAUCACAUGCUGAUUUGUUUAUUGAUUUCAAAUGUUUUGUUUGUUUUUCAAAAAAAUGUAACUAUCCAAAUAUUUCUGAACUUUCUUUCUUGGUUUAAAACAACACUGACAGGUAGUAAUGUAAAAGUGGUGGUUAAGUUUAUAGUACAGUACCACUCAAAUGUUUACCUACUUCCUGCUAUAAAUGAGCUGUUCAAAAACAUUUGACGGGUAUAAUGAAGCAAAUUUCCCCAAACAUGAAUAAUUGGUUCCAGCCUGGACUAAAGUCCCCAUUUUAGUAAAACUUUGUUUUGUACAGCAUAUUUAAACAAGCAUAAAUAACACAGCCAAAACAACAACUAGCUGAACUGUCCUUAUACACAGCCGCUCUGCCGACACGUACAAACAUUCUGGCGUGCUCAGAAAUCGCAGAAUUCUUUAACUUUUAUAGCCAGGUUGGUAAAAUGAUCAAGAAUAAAACAUAAAUACUCAACUUCGUCAGUGAAUCUUCUUGGCGUGCAGGAGGGGAGAGGCAGUGUCGUACAACCUUGUGAGUACUUGCUGAAAGUUUCAAACUACACAUCGCUCAUAUUGAGCUCGUGAAAUUACCAAAAUUCUGUAAAAAGGUUAAAAAAAAUCACAGUAGCAAACAACCUGAGUGAGGCUUUUGUCAUUGCAAAUAUUAAAACACCACUGCUGCUCGUUUGUGCUGUUUAAUAAUUCUAAACUACCAGUGAUGUCACCCCCUCACCUUGUCCUAAACUUACCAAACUUUACCUUAACAUCAAAACAGUAAAAUGUUUGUGCUUUUUUAAAAUGUAUUUUGUGAAUGCCCAAGCAUCCACACAUAUAGUAUUGUACACCAAAAAUCCUCUUAUUAUUCCGCCCAAAAACUUAAGCGCUCUCCACAGCCCACAAUUUUCAUCCGAUCGGAACUGUUCAAGUAUCAAAAUGUUCGGCUUGACCGGGAAUCGUGAGCUUGCCAAACAAUUAAAAAAUAUAUAUAUCCCAGAUUACCCAGAAUUCCUGGUUUUCCUAAUCGUUUUGCCAAUUGAAAAUGAAUGGGCCAUUUUUCGAACUUACACAAUUCCCACAUUUCUCAACCGAUUCGAACCGUUUCACCAUCCACACACUCCACUCCCCUUGGACAAUCAAACUACCAAACUUUUUUCCCAAGUUCAAAAAGAAAUCCAGGAAGCCCUAGAAAUCCCAGUUUUCCAAAGCUCUAUUUCCACCUCUUUCUGAAAAGUUUUCACACUCCACAUUUUUUUAGCCCUUUUUGAUCAUUCCACUUUAAAAAAUUUCUUGUUAGUUGGGACAACAAAAGUUGUUUUUUUUGGUGUAAUUUCCAGGAAUUCGAAAUACCAAUUCAACCACUUGGAAAAAUUACAACACCAAUCCAUUGAUAUUAUCUAGGUCAAUCGUGUUAGUAUCACUGGUUUUCCCCAAAUUCUUGAAUUUCUAGGAAAUUCGCUUUCGAAUGAAUUGACAUGUUCAUACUUUUACAAUGUCCAAAAUUCAAAACAUGUUGCGCUAUUUUUGUAACCCAAUUCCUACCUUUCAACCAAUCCACACACACUACUUUGCCUAUAUAUCAAACGCAAAACUUGUUUUGCCUUUCUCAAAAUUCCCAGAAUUUCUGUUAAUUUUUUCCCCAUUGACAAUAAAUAGGAAAUAUACAAACCUCUCCAUUCAAGCAUUUUAGUGCCACUUGCACAAAUCGGCGACUUGCGCACAUAGAACAUUCACACCCAAUCCCUACCAGAAAGGCAAAUUCUAAUUUGUGUUAAUAUUUUAUUAUCCACCUUGUCCAAAUUUCUCCGACAAUCACAUUUGUGCUAUUAUGGUUAACGUUUUAUUAUUCACACAAAGUCUCUUUAUUUUGUUUAAAUCUCUCCAAACGUGUCCCAAAUAUUUUUGCUGUCCAUAAUAAUAUAUGUGGUAUUGAUAUUUCAGUAUCAAUGUGCACGUCACUAAGGGUGGAAAUAAUGGUAAAUCGAUAACAAUAACACCAUAAAAGCACAAACGAUUUAUUGACUGCACAAACCCAAAUGGUUGGGGACAUAUUUUUUUAGAUUUGCCACUUGUGAAAAAAAUUUUUUUUUAGAAUUACUUAAAAACUUUCAUCGACAAACACACAUUUUUACGGCACAAAUGAACGGCAAUGGUAUUUUAGCCGCAAUGGCUGCACCACCGGACAAAAAAUGGCUGCGCUGCGAGGCACACAAUGGAUGAAUAAAACGUUUGUAGACUGAUACCAAAGCAUGUAUAUAUUCGGCAAGUGCUUCGGAAAUCGAAAAGUUCCUACAAUGAAUCAUAAUAUUUCUCCAAAGAUGGCAGGUCUGUGAUAGUUUAGCUGAUAAUGUAUAUUAGCACUUCUAUGAUAUUUUUACUUGAUCACGGGACCAAAGAUUUUACUGUCUUGUAAUGUUUGUACUUUUUCACUGACUUUCUACUGUACAAUAUUAAAACAUAUCAAACAUA